AUGAUUUAAUUUGCAUAAUCUUUACUUGAAGAAGUAAAUAUUAAUUUAAUUAGAAUACUUAAUAAUUAACCAGUCGUAUGGGCUUUGUGGAAAGCUGCUCUUGUGGCAAACAAUUGGUAAGUAGAAUCCUUUCUUGGCUAUUUAUUCUAUUUUAGAAAAAUCAGGAUCUAUAUAUUUUACUUAUGCAUCUAAAUUUGAUUCAAUGUAUCCCUUGCUUUGGCAACUAGGGGACUAUACUUUAUCCUUUAAUUUAUUUUCUCUUUUGUUAAAGUAUGACACCUACAAUCUUUGAUUACUGCGCAAAUGAUGUGGACUUUUCAUUUAAUUGGAGGUAACUUAACGUUUUAGACCCGUAUUUUGCUCUGCCGUUUGAAGCCUUUAUCUGAUAAAUAAAAAGUAAUUUAAUUUUUUGAUCUAUCUCUCUUGAAUUCAAAUAGCUUCAUUUUAUUCUUGAGUAUUUUUAAAUAAAAAAGAGGAG